GUGAGCCUGGUCCAAAGGGAGAUAAUGGAAGCUUAGGUGUUCCUGGUGCUGAAGGUCCCCAGGGAGUGCCAGGUGUUCCAGGAUUCCCAGGAUUAAAAGGGGAAAAGGGUGAAACUGCCACUAUCUUUCGAUCUGCCUUUAGUGUUGGUUUAACAUCCAGAGUCUCUUAUAUCAAUAUGCCUAUCAAAUUUACAAAGAUCUUCUACAAUGAACAAAAUCACUAUGAUACAGUUACAGGAAAGUUCCAGUGCACCAUUCCUGGAGUGUACUAUUUUGCAUAUCAUCUCAGUGUAUACGCCUCAGAUGUGAAAGUCAGUUUAUUCAAGAAGGACACGGCAAUCAUAAUCACCUAUGACCAGUACCAGAAAAAUGAUGUUGAUCAGGCUUCUGGAUCUGUUUUACUCCAUUUGGCAUCUGGGGAUGAAGUAUGGCUUCAGUUAUAUGGGGAAGAAGAAAACAGUAGUAUCUAUGCUGAUAAUGUUAAUGAUUCUACUUUCAUGGGAUUCUUACUUUAUCCUGAUUUGAGUUAUGGGCGCUAGAAUUGGGGAGGGGGGCAGGGAAAUGAAAGAACGGCCAAGCAUGACAUGGACUACAUUUUUCUUGUAAACUUCUGGUAUGUUAAAAACACAAAAAGCACAAUACAUAGAAACAAAAUAAACUUGGAGGUGGUUCACAUUUGAAUGUUUAUUGCUUGCAUAUUAUGAUGAUUUGUAUGUGUGAGUAAGUCAUCAAAUAUUUGUACCCCUUCGGACAACUUCAGUGGUUUUAAAUUCACACAUUUAGUUGUCUGUUCUUGUCAGCCUUACUAGGUAGACUGGACAGGAAACAUGACCAGAUCAGCUAAUCCUACUUUAUUGUAAAGCUACAUUAACAGAAU